AUGGAACCUCUGCUGUCCUCGCUGCCACCACACCAGGAGGCCAUUGCCCGCGAGUACCGCCGCCACAAGGAUCUCGCGUUCAGGCUCCGCAACGCACGCAACGACAUCGACAGGCACAUUCACUCCUUUAACAAGGAUCUCAAGUACCUCGACGUCAAGAACCCGUACGCCUCGCGGGAGAAGAAGCGUGGACGAGCUGAGCGUCGUCGCCUGCGCGGCGGUCCCACUGCCACCGCGCCCGCCUCCUCGGCUCAGGACGACUCAUUCAACGAUAACGCCUCGGAGGCCUCGAGCUCAGACAACGAGAGCUACCACAGCGCACUCGAGAUGCAGCCUGUCAACACCGCCGCCCAGGCCCCCCAUGCCCCCGCCCAGCCCGUGGCGCCACAGUCCUCGCCAGCCGCUCCGCUCCACUUGACCCCAUCGCCCCCGCUCCCUCCCCACCUCGCCGCGGCGUACUCGGGAAACUCGCCGUGGCCCAGGUCCCCAUCGCCCGUGUACCAGGGCCAUCUGGAGCCCGGGUCGCACACAUGGACUUCGCCGCCCGUGGACCGCGGCUCGCCAGCGGGUUCCAUAUUCAGUGACUGCGGCAUUUCGCCACUCAACUUGCCUCUGUCGCCUUACUGCCGGCCGAUCCCGCUUGCCAACUAUCUCGUGGAUCCCGUCUUCGGCACGCACCGCCGCGACCGUAGCAUCUCGCCCUCGCCAUUCGACCUGCCGUCGCCGGCUGUGGCGCCUACCGGCCCGUGGCACUUUGCGCCCGCCACAAUUCUGCCGCCUGACGGCUGGUCUGACCAGUCCAAGACCAACACUGACUCGUACUACAACCCCGCUCGCCGCGUGUCGCCCGAGGCUGGCCCAUCUGGCAUCGCGCCUAUUGGCGGCGAACGCUCUGGGUCGGCUCCUCCCGAGGCUCACUACCCCGCCGCUCCUGCGCCAGAGGUCAUCGACAUGUACGACCACAUCUUCGCUCAGCGCCGUACCCCUCACAUCUCGCUCCUCUCGGUGUCCCCACCUCCGUCAAACGCUGUGCCACAGGCUGCACACCGCUCGUUUACGCCCCCACCCGCGCCACUGUCACCUGCUCCGCACACCGAUGACACCACCACGCCCAUUGACAUCGGCCCGCUGCCCGACACCGUCCCCCACUUACCUGACGGGUCAGCACCGGUGCCUAUGCACGUUCUGUUCCCGACCGAGGGCACCACCGCCGAGGGCACCACCGCCGCGGACAACACCGCCGUCGACGAGACCUUCGCGUGGGGCACCAAGGAGGAGAAGUCCGCCACGGCCAAGUUCCUCGCCGACUUCCUCAAGGCCGCCAAGGGCACCCGCGGGGCGGAGCGUGCCGCCCAGCGCGAGCUCUGGAUCAACUACGCCCAUACAGCCAUCCGUGACCGCAGGCGGAAGACCUUGAAAAGCACCAUCGUCGACGAGUGCCAGCGUGUCGCCCGCCGGCUGUUCAACGAGUACGACCCCAGCAGGGACGAAUGCAAGGAGGCAGUUGCGCGUGGAUACGAGACGUACCUCGACUGGGCGGGCGGGGUCGGCCUCGACCUGUUCCACUUUGCGGUGGACCCGCCAAGCUACUGCUCUUCACCGACGCCGUCUCCGCCCUCCUCGCCUCUCGUGACUCCGCACAACCCCUUCCUCUCCGCCACUGCCAACGAGUUGGCGCUCGAGGCCGAGUGGUUCAAGGCCCACUAUACCGCCCCCCGCCCCACGACCCGUUCCGGCGAAGCAGCACCAUUCCGCCCCAUCGCCCGCAUGCGCCGCAACGCUGUCAAGCCUCCCCCGUUCGACCCCAGCAUGCCCGACGAGUGGCGCCAGGCGAAGAAGAUGGCACUUGCGUACCGCCCCGACGGGAGGGAGCGCGCCGACUCGGUCUUCCACGACCGUGACCAGGUCGCCCAGCCUGCCGUCCCCUUCGACCCGCGGAACUACAAGGACCAGUGCCCCAUCCGCCUGCCCAAGCGCAAGCAUGACGAGCUCCCCUUCCCCAUCGAGUCGCGCGUGCCAGCCCACCACCGCAAGCUCCCCAAGCUUUCGCACUGCACCCGAACGGCUCGUCGCGCUUCGCUCUCGGUGUUCGAGACCGAGACCCUGCGCCCCACCAUCUCGACGUACGUCGGCGACGCCAUUCUCAACCUUCGCUACUCUGUCUGGAACACGGUGGACGCCGAAAUUUUGGGGGACAAGAUGCGUGUCGAAACCGCUGCAGCCCGCGCAGUCCUCGACCCCGUCGUUGCCUGGGCGCUGGGGGACGAGGAGACGGGCGACGACGAGGAAGACGACGCUCGUAAGAGCAAGAACUCGCACCAGUGGGUCUUCGACAAACUUGAGGGCCAGGAGCGUACCGACGCUCUCACGUACCUCGCCCAUCUCGACGCCAGCAAGAUGAUCGAGCGCCUUGAGGACACCAUGUAUCUUCGCCAGAGAGAAUGCGACACGUACUUGAAGAUCAAGAGGACGUGGAACAAGCCUCCGUCUCCGCGUGCUAUGUCCCCAGCUCCCCUUUCCGCACGCAAGUACCCGCGCCCAGCCCAGACCGAGUAG